AGCGGCUCCGCCCCAUCAACGGAGCUCGCCGGCGGGUGGGGAUCUGGUCCUGGAUCUCCCCAUCCGCCUCCAGGAGUUCAGGGACGGGACGGGACUGGACUGGACUGAGACUGCGGCAGCGCGGGCUUUUGUCACCGUGCCACAGAUGAAUUAAGGGGCCUAUAGUGUGUAGAAAAAGUCCAAGAAUUUGAAGUGGCCUGACCUUUUGGAAUUGAUUGAUGGCAACUCUUGGCAAAGUUCCCUUGGGUGAGACAACAAUUGAAGAUGAAGAUAGUGUUUCAGUGCUUGACUGGAAGAGGGCUGAAUUGGAUCUGACAAAGAAAGCUCAGGAAUUUUUCUUGAUCUGUGACCGAGACUGCAAGGGCUUUAUUAACCAAAGAGAUCUGGAGCACCUUCAGGCAGAGGUAUCGCUCAGUGCAGAGCAGUUGAAGGACGUGUUUGAUGCAUUGGAUACAGAUGGGAACGGAAAGCUUACACUGGAGGAAUUUACUACAGGAUUUAGUCAAUUUCUGCUUCAAGAAAAGAUUUUUGUAAACAAGGUAAGUUCAGUCCAGCAUCAAAAUGAAGGGCUAAAUUGGGAUCCAUCAGAGAAACGAUCGGUGAUGAUGGACAACGAUGAGGAACAUUGCUUUCAGAUGCUAAUGGACGACCUGGGAGCUAAGAAUCUCCUUAAAGGUCAAGAGGAAGUACAACUCCUUUGGUUACAACUUCGGAAAGAUGAGCCCCAAUUGCUCAGUAAUUUUGAAGCACUUCUGGCAAAAAUUUCCAUCCAGAUACAAGAGGCAAGCAAGGAAAAGGAAAUGAUGGAGUUUGCUCUGAAAAGAAAAGAGGCAGAAUACCUUGAAGAAAUUAAACACCUCUAUGAUGAAACAGAGCAACAGAUUCAAAGGGAAAAAGAGAGAAUAUUUGACAAAGGUAUGGAUUUGAAGUCUCGAUGUCAAGAAUUAGAAGAGGUGCUAAGGGUUAAAGAGCAAGAACAGGAGCAACUCUCACAAAGCCACAAGAGGUUGGAGAGGGAGUUUGGAGAACUGGUCAGUGAAAAGCAAGAAUGCAAGAUGGAGAACCAGAGAUUAAAAAGGACCACAGAGGAGUUGGAGGAAUCUCUCCAAAAAGCAAACAAUGACCUACUGGAUGCUCAACUUCAGAUACAGGUGCUGCAGCAAAGAUCAUCACAACUCCAGGAGGAACAGGAAAUGGAGCUCUAUCGUGUGACUGAAAGCAUGGAAAGAGAGAAGCUAAGCCUUUGUAAGCAGUUGGAUCUCCUGAGAGAAAUGAACAAACACCUUCGAGAUGAACAGGAUAUGUCCAAUUUCAAGAAGCCAUUCAAAUCUGGAUCAGGGAAGCAAAGAGCUGUUUGUGCUGCUGGUCAAUGUGUGGAGAACAAGCUAUGUUCAGACAGGCAGGACAUUGGCAACUCAAAACCAUCAUUGAACAAUCUGUGGCAAGCAAAUAGACUGAGCCAUAUCAGAAAAGGAAUGAAUAAGGAAUCUCCACCAGCAGAGCGAAGGUGCUUGCAGAGAAUUAUUUCAAUUGAAGAAGACCCACUACCAUACCUUCUUGAAGCACAUUCAGCAACUCCAUUACAUAACUGGGUUGAGCUAAAAGAGGAGGAGCUGCAUGAAGAGCAAAGCCAAGAUGUAGCAGAGACUCCUUCGCUGCCAAGCAGCCAAACGGUAGAUCCAGCAACAUUGGAACAAGACAGAGAAAUAUUCUCCAACCCCGACCGUUUAUUCAAAAUAAUUUUGAUUGGUAACUCCAGUGUGGGGAAAAGCUCUGUGUUGAGAAGAUUUUGUGGUGAUGGUUUUUAUCCUGGGAUCUGUGCGACUGUUGGUAUCGAUUACUGUGUGAGGACGGUGAAUGUUGCUGGUAGUCUGCUGGCUCUCCAGUUGUGGGAUACUGCUGGCCAGGAACGGUUUCGUAGUAUUACAAAGCAGUUCCUCCGCAAGGUCGAUGGAGUUGUCCUGGUCUAUGACAUCACAGCAGCAGCUAGCUUCGUCGCAGUGCAACACUGGGUGCAAAGUGUGCAGGAAGAAGCAGGUCCUGAAGUUUUAAUCCUUCUCCUGGCCAAUAAAACUGAUCUGGAAAGUGAACGCCAGGUUUCUACAGAACAAGGGAAGCAGGUGGCAAUGGAAUCCAAUAUGAUCUUCUAUGAAUGCAGUGCCUUCACUGGUGCCAACAUCACUGAAGCUAUCAUGCACUUGGCAAGACUUUUGAAGGAGCUGCAAGAUAAAGAAAAGGAAAAGUUUGUUGAACUCGGUAUAAACUCACCUCAACAGAACUCUUGCUGUUCCAAAUAAUAGAGAAUGAAUCGUGUGAUGAUGAAAGACGUCGAGGGAAGUUGUAUCUUCAGAAGUGAUUACUUGCACUGUAGAGGUUGUGUGAGUUGGAAACAGCCAUCCUGAGUAGAUUUACUGGCUGGUAGUUUUUCUAGUUACUAUUUGUUGUGUUACUGAACGUUGAGUACAUACGGGGAUUCCAUGCAUGUUAAAUCGUUUGUGAUCGAAUUAUGGCUGCAAGUGAUCAAAUAUCAGCACAUUCAAGGCAGCUACUACUGUAAGGCAAACUGACUUGCCUUGCAUUGUCUCCUUUAAACAUUUCUUCCUCUUCUACCUUCUAGUAUUCGGCACUUCCAAUAUGAGGAAAAUAUCAAUCCUAUCGAAGCCUCUGGUAACUUUAUAAACUUCUAUCCGAUUGACCUUCAGCCUGACCCACUUGAGAGAAAACAGUCCAAAUCUGUCCAACCUCUCUCAGAGCUAAUACACUCCAAUCCAGGGACCCUCUCCAAAGCCUCCCUUCCUUCCUACCAAAGGGCAGCCCUUCUCCCCUUUGUACUUCAGUUGUCCCAUGCUACCUUCUUGUUUAUAAUAUAUGCAUCAAACAUCUUUGUGUGUUCCUUAAUCGUAUUCUUGUCUUGCCACUGGAUCCAGAUGGGAAUUGGGAAGAGAGAGUGAGGCUGAUGCUGCGCAACUCUCCCUCUCUUAAAUCUAAAUCAAGCACUAGUCUCGACACCAUUAAGCCAGCUGGUGGUGCAGUAACAUCAGCGCUAGACUCCAGGAGCGAAGGUUCCCGAGUUCGAAUCCAGUCGAGCCACUCCCAGGCACGCUUUCCAUCUGUGCCGGGUUGAGUGUCGAGCUAGCAACUCGACCUCGUAAAAAGUAUUAAUGGUGUUGAGGUCUUCAUCGAUGACGAUGGACAAACCUUAAAUCGUAUUCAUCAAGGAUAUAUUAUGGCCACUUUUUGAUCAUUUAAAGUCUAAGUGGGAGUUGUUUCCUAAUUUCUUUGUAUUUCUAUGACCCUUGUUUGAUUUCAGCUUCCUAAACCUUGUAUAUGACUAGGUUUUCUUUUUGUCUAAAUUUAUAUCAUCUCUUAUAAUUACAAGUUCCUAAACCUGAAGUAUCAUGUACAGUUGCCAUUCUUUACUCUUUCAUGGAACAUACUGGUCCCGAAUUCAGAUCAGCUGAACUUAUAAAUGAUUCACAUAUGCCAGAUGUGGACAUGCCCAAUAACAACCGCUCCCAUCCUACUCUCCUUAACUCUUGCCUAAUAACAUAGUAAUUUAUCUUUCUCAAAUGUAUCACUUUACCAUUCCAGGUCCAAACUUCUCUUUCUUCAUAAUUAUUUUAAAACGUAAGAAAUUGUAAUCAUUAUUCCCAAAGUACUCUCCCACUGAAACAGUCUUGAUCUAGUAUGGCUUCCUCCUCUAGUUGGACUAUCUGUGUAUUGUUUCAAAAAACCCUUGUAGAUGCACCUUACAAAUUCUAUCCCAUCUAAGCUUGCAUUGAGUUGCAGUCAAUAUUGGGGUAGUUAAAUUGCAACUCUGUUGCUUUUCCAUGAUCUGCCUAAGUCUCUAUUUCCCAUUGGCUAUUGAUAGGCCAAUCACUUUUCUUGGUUUGUUUAGCUCUACCCAUAUUGCCUAAGGUAAAACACUAUUAAAACAUACAGGAUACUUUUCUUUGCUCGUCACGGGAACAAUUUCAGAGUUGGGAAGUAACACUAGGACUAUAUACAGCACCAUAUAGACCACAACUGAAGUAUCAUGUCCAGUUCUAGUCAUGGCUUUAUGGAAAAGAUAUAACUGCACUGCAGGGGAUACAGAAGAGAUUCACCAAGAUAGUGCUAAGACUGGAAAAGUGUGUUUAUGGGAAAAGUUGAGAUUGCUUUCAUUGGAACAAAAGGGCUUUUAUUUUGUUAUGUGUGGUCAUAGGGGCACCAUGGUAGAUUAGCAGUUAGCACAACGUUAUUACAGCUCAGAGUGUCAGAACUUAGAGUUCAUUCCAGCAUCCUCUGUGAGAAAGUUUGUCUGUUCUUACCAUGUGCACGGGGAUUUCCACUGAGUGCUCUCAUUUCCUCACACAGUUCAAAGACAUACCAGUUGGUAGGUUAAUUGGUUAUUGUAAAUUGUCCCGUGAUUAGAUAGGAUUAAAUUGGGAGAUUGCUGGGGUGGCUUGAAUGGUCAGAAGAGCUUAUUCUGUGCUGUAUCUCUAAGGGGCCUGGAUGGACUAAGAACAAUACACCUGUUGCCCAGAGCAUUGGUCAUGAUUUGAGGGAAGAAAGGAAAAGUACUUUUCAUCCAGAAUGCACAGAGCUUCAGCGAGGCAUAAGACCACAUCUCAUUUAAAAAGCACUUGGCUGGGUGAUGGGAAAGUGACUUUGAGACCCAGUGUUGGAAGGUGGGAUUAGACUUGUGAGCUCUCCUUAUUGAUAGUAAAGGUCUCUAUCAGGAGUGUAAAUGGUCUUUGAUUUUGUACAAAUACUCAAGUUAUUGUUGAACAAUUUUGUAGUACAGCUGUCCCAGACUAGACCCCCAGUCCAUGGGUGUGUGAAUUUAUCAAGGUUCACUGACUGGAAUCAACUUGACUGUUCAAAAUUCUUUGCUUCAGUCCAGUUUUAUGCUAAUUCUCCUUUAGCACUGCAGAUUCUGACACAACUGACUAGAUUGGGGAGUUAUUUCAUAAGACAAUGAGGAGUCAAACACCAUUGUGAGACAGGACUUGCAUAAUCAUUCAGCUGCCUGACUUCCUUCCGUGAAGGGAUUUAAUAAAGCAGGCAUUUCUUCUGAGACUUGCUAUUUGUUUUAAAAUUUAGUUCCAGAUUAUAGAAAUUAACUGAAUUUGAUUUUCGUAUUUGCUCUGCUGGGAUCUGAGCUCAUUUGUUUUGCAGUUUCUGUGUUAUUAGUACAACAAUUUAACAAAGUGGCUAUUCCCAUGAAAGGAGCUUGAGUUUACUCACUUUCCUACCAGAAUUAUGCUUUGAUAAAUGGUGUAAAAAAUUUUGUAAAGCAGCUGGACUCAAACCAGUAUUAAGUGCAUGGUUAUUGAUUGUGAGAAUAAGUGAAAUUUGGUUACUUGUCCAAACCUGUGUCAAUAAAUAAAUG